GUUUGAAGUAAUCCAAUUCUUUAUAGUGUAAACCAGAAAGGGGGGUGGGACUUCCCCUGCAGUCAGAGGAAACACCGCCCCCAGCCAGCGGGGGCGCUGCGCUGCUUGGUGCACGCAUGGAUGCAGAGGACACGUUUUCUUUAACUGUCUAUGUCCAGGACACGUCAUGCAAACAGCAGCUUUACCCUUCUGAGCAUGCGCAUUCAGUCCUUCAAUAUCCGAGAUUGGAAGAGCACCAGUGGACGGUACAGAUGACGAUGAUGAAGAUGAUGGUGCUGCCCGUGUUUCUGCUCCUUGCUGUGUUGGGCCUGGGCUCCGGAGAAGAGGGAGCUCGCCUGCUGGCCUCCAAGUCCCUGUUAAACCGCUACGCUGUGGAGGGCCGAGACCUCACCCUGCAGUACAACCUCUACAAUGUGGGCUCCAGUGCUGCUCUGGAGGUGGAGCUGUCGGAUGAUUCUUUUCCCCCUGAAGACUUUGGAAUCGUUUCAGGAAUGUUGAAUGUCAAAUGGGACAGGAUUGCACCUGCCAGCAACGUGUCUCACACAGUGGUGCUGCGCCCCCUGAAGGCUGGCUACUUUAACUUCACCUCUGCCUCUGUCAGCUACCUGGCCCAGGAGGGAGGACAAGUCGUGGUGGGCUACACCAGCGCCCCCGGCCAGGGAGGCAUUCUGGCUCAGCGCGAGUUUGACCGCCGGUUCUCCCCCCACUAUCUGGACUGGGCUGCGUUUGGCGUGAUGACCCUGCCCUCCAUCGGCAUCCCGCUGCUCCUCUGGUACUCCAGCAAGAGGAAGUACGACUCGCCAAAGGCCAAGAAGAACUGAGCUGGGAUUCAUCAAGAGCGGGGGGGGAGGGAAGGGGAGGGGGGCACAGGAUCUCUGAAAAGCUUAAUAACCCAUAUUGGGGUUGAAAGGGUUGUGAUUUGAUCGAAAAGGCAGCGUGAUCCAGACACAUGAUCAGGAAGAAGAGCAGCAGCAACAACAGUACCGUGUGCUUCUCUUUGUGACCAUGGCUGGCCAUUCCGUAACAUUUGCAGAUGGUUACAGAACAAUUACUCCUGUUGUGGUUUUGUAAUUGUGGAGGUGAAUUCAGAUUUGGAGUUUAUAGCCAGGUGUUUAACAACAAGAUGAAUUAAUAAAAACUAGCUGGGUUUUUCUAAA